AUGAUCAAUCCUGAGCGUCUCAUGGCAAUGUGCAUGGAUGUCUCCCUGAAUAUGAAUCGGGUUGUGAAUCUCAGGCUUCUCAGCCACAAUCUAACUCAGGCUCCGAGCCACAUUUUGAGUACUGCAAACCUCGUCGCGCUUACCAUUGCAGUGAUGGAUAGUGCAACAACUAAGUAUCAGCUCGCCUUGCCGUUUCUCCUACAGUCUGUAUCGCCCGGGCUCGCUGCGCUCCACGCCUCCAGGGCGCGCCGCCUCCACCCCGAAGACUCGACGCUACACGAGACUCACUGUGCUCGGUGUGGAACCUUCUUUGGUGACGGGCGGAGCGACGUACGCGUCGUUCGUCAGUGCAAACGCCGUAAAGUGCCCGGGAGCGGCGAGUCUUCUGGCCGAUCACAGGCGAAACGGGUGCUGAAGACGACCUGUGGGACGUGUGGGCGUGUUCAAGAACGCGUAGUCGAGGCUGGAAAUGCGAGAAACUUUCCGAAGGCUGGAAGAAACUUCGACAGACGCGGAGUCUCUGGAGCUGCUGCUUCCGGUCAGGCGACUGCACCCCUUCCAAACACCAAAGGUCUGCCAGGUGGAGAGUUGUCCAAGACAGCCACGAUGACCAGCAUGACCGAGCCAGCUACUGUUCCUCCUGUUCCUGAAGAACAUGGUCCCGUAGCGACUCACCUAGCAUCCGGGAAAGUGCAGGACGAAAAUCUUCAGAAACUCCAUGUCCCACAACCUCCUCUACGCCGAACCCUAGCUCGCUAA